AUGGAGGCUCUGGUUAAUCUAUUCUCCUUAGCCGGGAGGACUGCUGUGAUUACAGGAGGAACAAGAGGCAUCGGGGCCGUCAUGGCAAUUGCACUAGCAGAGGCGGGAGCAGACAUCGUUCUUGUUCAGAGAGACGAAAGCAACAAGAAAACUCACGACCAGAUCAGGGCGCUUGGGCGAACAGUCAAUAUCGUCACCGCAGAUCUAUCAGACCAGUCGUCGGUGGGGAAACUGAUCCCAAGCCUCGUUGAGGCUGGUCACAACAUGCAUAUCCUGCUUACUUGCGCGGGAAUCCAGAAGCGACAUCCAGCACACCAAUUCCCCAUCGACGACUGGAAUACGGUGCUACAAGUCAACCUUACAACAAUCUUCACGUUGUGUCGAGACUUCGGCGCGUAUCUCUUGUCCAAGCCGGCACCUACAUCGGGCACGCGAGGCAAUAUCAUCAACGUAGCAUCUCUUCUCACGUUUCAAGGGGGCAUCACGGUCCCGGCGUACGCGGCUUCCAAGGGCGGAGUGGCACAACUGACCAAGGCACUGAGCAAUGAAUGGGCGGGCAAGGGCAUCCAAGUCAACGCGAUCGCACCAGGAUACAUCGAUACGGACAUGAACGAGGCUCUCAUUGCGAAUGAGACGAGGGCAAGGCAGAUUCUCGAGAGGAUACCGGCGGGUCGAUGGGGCAAGCCUGAGGAUUUCAAGGGUGCGAUCGUGUAUUUGGCGGGCAAUGCGUGCCAGUACGUCAGUGGGGAGGUGUUGACGGUCGAUGGCGGUUGGAUGGGUCGGUAA